AUCGACCUCUAUGACUCGGGGGCUAGUCACCAUAUGUCCCCGCACCGCCAGGACUUCGUCUCGCUCUCAGAGACGCGCAUGACACUCAAUGCCGCGAACCAACAGACGUUCCGCGCAGAGGGUGUCGGGGAGAUGGUCCUCCCUGUUCCGAACGGCUCUGCGCCUGACACCCGCAUCCGUCUC